GAGGUCAAGCCUCACCGUUGAACAGUGUUGAGAAUCGUUCGCAUAUUUGCGAUCGCGAAAAAUCUACUAAAAUAACAUAAAUAAUAAAGAUUGAAAGCAUACAGAGAUUUAAUUAUUUUCCAAGUGAUAAACAUUGAAAGUGAUGUGAACUCGAAGAUGCGGUGCAGUGCUGCAAGUGCCGCAACUUAAUAACAUUCCGAUCGCGCAGAUAUAGAUGUAGCAAGUUAAGAUCGGAGAUCAGGAAUGGACUUGGUGCAAACAUGCAAGAACAACGACGGAGGAGGAGUAGCAGGAGGAGGAGAAGAGUCGACCAGGACGCCCAACAAUAGAGCAUCUUCGUUGACGUUCUCGGUGGGUGACAUCGCCGAUGUUCAGGUGCUGCUCGAAACGCCGAGCCACUACAGCGUGACUACAGUGUUGACUUACUGCAAAAAGAAGAUCCUGAGGCCGUAUCUGUGGCUGCUCAAUUUUGUUGGUUUGAGACCGAUAUGCAUUGAAUGCCAGGACACCUUCUCCUGCGCUGAGUUCUUCAACUACGUCUACACGAUCCACAUUAUCAUGUUCUUGGGCGUCGGUUAUGUGCUACAAUACAUGGCAUGUUUCCGAAGAGACAGAGGUUUCGGUUACAAUAAGCCCAACUUGCUCAGUAGCACACCGGAUUACGUUUUCGAGCAGAUCUGUCGCAGUUCGUUAACCUUCAGCUUCUUCCUUCCGAACAUACUCCACCUUAUGGGCUACGUCUACGCCGUCACUGUUUUCAGAUCUUCGGACGACGAUCAACUGCCCAGCCUCAUGGAGCGGGUGUUCCUGUCGCUGUCCAAUUUGUCCGACUGUUUUGUGUGCCAGAAGAAACUGGUGAGAACUCUAAGAAUCUUCGUGACCGUCAGCGGGAUGUGGAUAAUUUUAUCAUCCGUUUCGGUAAACUACAUGAUGGCAGAAAGCACAAUAGAAUUCAAGUGGAUCGAUAAAAAUUCUCAGGCGAUGGUACUUCUGAUUAAGAUAUUGCUGGUGAUUUGCACGCUGUGGCACGACAUGGUCCAAGCCAUCAUCAUCUUAAAUUAUUGCUUACAAGCGCAACUCCUCACAGCCUAUUUGAGCUUUCUCAGAGCCAAACUGAUACAACAACCAUUACUUCCCACCGAAUGGAUGAAGGAUAUAGAGGAGUUCCGUAAGCUGCUGAUGUUCCUUAAUUACCAUCUGGCGCCUGCAGUCUGCGUCUUCACUCUGGUGAACGUCUCGUAUGCCGUUUCGGGAAUUCUCUGGAUCCUAGACAUUGAUAAUCUGGACAGAGAGUCCGUCUCAACUAUUGGAAUCAACAUCAUGAACGUUUCCUUGUGGUCGUUCAUCGCGCUAGUCCCUUUCGUACAGGCUGCAAAAUUAACGAACGUGUGCGAAAUCAUCCGUGGCAUCGGACACGAAGUACGAACGCGACCGUUCGUUCACCAAUCAACGCCCGGGCACAAACUCGACUCCAUCCUUCUGUACUGCUCGAGUUUGAGGAUGAAUGCAACACUUUUCGGUGUUCCCAUCACCAUCAGGUACCUUGGAUUCUUCGUCACACUCUGUGGUGUCAUCAUCCUAGUUUUAGGCCAACUGCAUUAUCUCAAUGCAAAGUGAUCAUACAUUUAUUUUAAUAUGUUUUCUCUCUUUUCAUUUUACUAACUUAUGUCUUCUCGUGUGUCUUUUGAAGAAGCAUUUAGGAUGAUGAAAGUUCAAUUAAUUUUUAUAAAACGUAAAUACCCCUGUUAUUUCUUUUUAAUGAUAUAAUUAGUCUUUUAAAUUUGUAUGUGCUACAAAUAUAUGUUUAAUGUUU